CUCCUGAAGUAGUACCACUACUCCUAUACUAGAUAUUCUCCUAGUAUACUACUAGUAGUUCAAAUAUUCAAAACAUAUUUUGAUGUUCUGUCUUGUUAUUGUAGGUUAACUUUAUUCAUAUUUAUAUAUUAUUGAAUUGAUAUGAAACAAAAAGGAAGUAAAUGUGUGGGCAAAGUGAGCUUUCAAAGAAUGAAUUAUCUUUAUCAGAUAUGCAAUUCUAUGGCUGCAGAAGACUUAACAUCAAACGCUGUUGCAUCAAAGUAUAGUGAUUUAAUAAUUAAAGUAGCUCGCAAGACUGUACAAAGAAUAGGUAUCAAUGUUAAAAGGACACUUUGCAAGAGAUGUCGGAGUUUAUUGGUAGCUGGUGUUACUUGUAAGGUUAGAAUAAAGAAAAAGAGAGUCGUUUGGAAUUGUUUGAGAUGUAAUUUAUCAAAGGAGUAUGCUACUGAUCCCAAUCACCAUCCCUGGCCAUUAGAUGACAGAAGUACAUCAGAAAUAAUCAAGUUUGGCCCAAUAACUGCAGUGAACAGGGAAAGAAAGAAGCCUAUUAGAAAAAUUGUAAAGAACCCAGAAAAGGAACAGACAAAUACAGACUGAAAAUUGUAAAAUUUUGUUUAAUUUGCGACAAUAUUUGCGUGUGAAACAGGACAAAUUUCUAAUGACCAAACCCAUUUCAAAUCAAUUUGAAAUUUAUAUCAGUAAUUCAAUUAUACCAAUAGUAAAAAUUAAUGAAACAUUAAGUAUAUUAUUUAAUAAUUUAUUAUUAGUAAAUAAAAAUUGAAUGUUAAUUAAAUAUGCAUAAUAAAAUAUUCUAUAAUUA